AUGACCAUCCGAUUAGUAGCAGCAGGGGUGGUGGCCUCUAGCAUUGUGGCGUUUCUCUUCUUCGGGGCGCUGUCCAUCCUGCUCAUCACAGCCGUGCCGAUCCUCAUGUUUGUGCCGCUCAUGAUCCCCGUGUACAUGGGCGUGGCGUUUGUGCGCGGAGGCAACUCCGGGCUGCGCCAGUGGAUCGGGCUGCGACCACAAACCCCGACGUCGCGCAACAACGACAAGACCGACGAGGCUCUGGAAGCCAAAAAACGACAAUGGCGACGGGCCUCGUCCAUGCGCCUGAGAGACUACAUGGAGGAGGACGACGUGGAACAGAUAGCCAAACGGGUAGAGGCCAUUCGACGCCAGCGAGACGAGCAGAAGACGCUCAUGGACGAGCUCAUUGAAAUCGACGCGCUGGACGGCACCACCGACGCCGUGUUGCAGGCUACAGAGAAGCACCACCAACAGAAGAAGCAGAAGCAGCAGCAGCAGCAGCAGCAACUGCCUGCCAGCAUUCCACCCAAGGCUCCACGUACACCUGCACUGGCCCCUCAAAAUGGUAGUGGUGCCCACAUAGUGGCCCAGGUGGUUGAGGAGCCUGCGACAGCUUCUUCCCCGACCCGUGACACAGGGACCGUCAGUCCCCCCGCGCAGCGUCCCGAGAGGACAGACUUUAAUGUCAAAGGCCAGCCCGAGGUGGGCAUGACUUCUCAGAACGUGUCUGCCGUCUUAUCUCCGGUUGCGGAGGAGGAAUGA